AUGGUUGCAGACCGGAAAAUGCAUAGCGGUCGUUGGAAUGGUGGUUGGGUUGGCCGGUCAUCAUCACUGAAAUCAGUUUUAUUUCUUCUGUUUCUUUUUUUUACUUCCUUCCUUUCCUCUUCCAUUCUUUCUUUAUUACUUUCUUUCCUUCAUUCUUACUUUCUUUUCUUUAUUCUUUCAUUCCUUCUUACUUUCCUUCCUUCUUUCCUUUAUUCUUUCUUUCUUAGUUGCUUACUUUCCUUCUUUACUUCAUUCUUUCUAACUUAUUUUCCUUCCUUCUUUCUUUCUUACUUUCCUUCCUUCUUCCUUUCUCCCUCUAUUCUUUCUUUCCUUCUUUCUUUGCUUCCUUCAUCUAAUCAUUCUUUCUUUCUUACUUUCUUUCUUUCCAUACUUCAUUCAUUUUUUUUUCUUAUUCCCUCCCUUUAUUCUUUCUUUCUUACUUUCCUUCCGUCAUUCUUUCCUUCUUACUUUCCUUCCUUCUUCGCUUCUGUCUUGCUUUCCUUCCUUCCUUCUUUCUUUCUUCCUUCCUUUCAUUCUUACUUUCCUUCCUUCUUUCCUUCUUACUUUCCUUCAUUCUUACUUUCUCCCUUCCUUCCUUCUUUCAUUCUUACUUUCCUUCCUUCCUUCCUUCCUUCUUUCUUUCCUUCUUACUUUCUUUCUUUCUUGCCUUCCUUCUUCGCUUCGGUUUUGCUUUCCUUCCUUUCUUGUUUCUUUCUUACGUUCCUUCUUUCUUUCUUUCUCCCUUCCUUCCUUCUUUCAUUUUUAUUUUCCUUCCUUCCUACAUUCAUUCUUACUUUCCUUCCUCCUUUCAUUCUUACUUUCCUUCAUUCUUCCUUUCUCUCUUCCUUCUUUCAUUCUUACUUUUCUUCAUUCUUCCUUUCUCCUUCCUUCUUUCAUUCUUACUUUCCUUCCCUCUUCCUUUCUCCCUUCCUUCUUUCAUUCUUACUUUCCUUCAUUCUUACUUUCCUUCAUUCUUACUUUCCUUCAUUCUUACUUUCUCCCUUCCUUCCUUCUUUCCUUCUUUCCUUCCUUCCUUCUUUCCUUCUUACUUAUUUUCCUUCUUUCUUACGUUUCUUCCUUCCUCCUUCGCUUCUGUCUUGCUUUCUUUCCUUUCUUGUUUCUUUCUUACGUUCCUUCCUUCUUUCCUUCUUCCUUCCUUCCUUUUUUCAUUCUUACUUUCCUUCCUUCAUUCCUUUUACUUUCCUUCAUUCUUACUUUCUCCAUUCCUUCCUUCUUUCAUUCUUACUUUCCUUCCUUCCUUCCUUCCUUCUUUCUUUCCUUCUUACUUUCUUUCUUUCUUGCCUUCUUUCUUCCUUCGGUUUUGCUUUCCUUCCUUUCUUGUUUCUUUCUUACGUUCCUUCUUUUUUUUUUUUCUCCCUUCCUUCCUUCUUUCAUUUUUAUUUUCCUUCCUUCCUACAUUCAUUCUUACUUUCCUUCCUCCUUUCAUUCUUACUUUCCUUCAUUCUUCCUUUCUCUCUUCCUUCUUUCAUUCUUACUUUUCUUCAUUCUUCCUUUCUCCCUUCCUUCUUUCAUUCUUACUUUCCUUCAUUCUUCCUUUCUCCCUUCCUUCUUUCAUGCUUACUUUCCUUCAUUCUUCCUUUCUCUCUUCCUUCUUUCAUUCUUACUUUCCUUCAUUCUUACAUUCUCCCUUCCUUCCUCCUUUCAUUCUUACUUUCCUUCCUUCCUUCUUUCCUUCUUACUUAUUUUCCUUCUUUCUUACGUUUCUUCCUUCCUCCUUCGCUUCUGUCUUGCUUUCCUUCCUUUCUUGUUUCUUUCUUACGUUCCUUCCUUCUUUCCUUCUUCCUUCCUUCCUUUUUUCAUUCUUACUUUCCUUCCUUCAUUCCUUUUACUUUCCUUCCUUCUUUCUUUCUCCCUUCCUUCCUUCUUUCAUUCUUAUUUUCCUUCCUUCCUACAUUCAUUCUUACUAUCCUUCCUUCCUUCUUUCAUUCUUACUUUCCUUCCUUCUGCCUUUCUCUCUUCCUUCCUUCUUACUUUCCUUCCUUUCUUUGUUUAUUACUUUUCUUUCUUUUUUAUCUUUAUCUUUUUCUUCCAUUAUUUUUUUCUCUUUCUUUUCUUUCUUUCUCGUAUUUUCCCUUUUUCUUUCUUUUUUUCUUUCUUUCUUACUUUACGUAUUUUUUCUUCCUUAUAUCCUCUCUCUCUCUCUCUCUCUCUCUCUCUCUCUCUCUCUCUCUCUCUCUCUCUCUUUUCUCCUUGCUUGAAUUCGCAAUCUAUAUCCUUUUGCUGUCGACAUCUAUGUCCUACCCUUCCAGAUGUGACUCCCACCCUUCUAGAUCUACCCCCUCCCCAUUUCUCCAAUUCUUCAAUGCUUGCUAUUCAUUAUCUCCUGCCCUUCCAGAUAUACAUGUGCCUCUCACCAUUCCAGAUGUACCCGUUCAUAUGUCGUUCCUAACCUUCCAGAUUUUGCUCCUAUUCAUUCCCUCCUACUCUUCCAGAUCUACCUCCCACCCUUUCCUUCUAGCGUUUCCAGAUGUACCACCUUUUCUUUCGCUUUUGUUAUUUAUAUGCACUUCACUAUGUCCUCUUACCCUUCCAGAUCUACUCGCAUCAUUUUCUCCCACCAAUAUUUGUAAACCCCGAACAAUCCGUAAAAAAGCAACCCCCUCCGCCUCAUAA